UGAAGGUCGAAAACUAAGCAUAAGUUCUAAACAGUCGGAAUCACGUUUUUGUCUUUUGCAAAGGUAUUAUUGACUCAAACCUGUAGUGGUUUGUGAUUAUGCCCAUUAAAAGGGGUCAUAUUGCACCACACAACACCUACAUUGUAACUCUUAUUAGGAAUUUUGACUCUCAGUAUGAAAACUUUAUCGUGGCAAAUGCCACACUUCCUUCCAGACCAAUUAUAUACUGUAGUGAUGGGUUUUGCGAGCUUCUUCGAUAUACGAAGGGCCAGCUUAUGCUCAAGUCUUCAGCUUUAUCAAUUUUCUAUGGACCGGAGACUACUGUUGAUUCGAUGGAGACUUUGUUGGCAGCCCUUAAUCAGACUAACGAGACGGAAGUGCUUAUGAACCUUUAUUCCAGAGAUAAUUGCGUUAUAUGCUUCCGCAUUGUUGUAACUCCUGUCCGAGACGAGACUGGUGGGUUGCCACUCUACCUACUUUUUUUCAGAGAAGAGAUCAGUAACACACAAACCCUCGUGCAAAUGAACAAAGGACCAGGUCUGCGCACAAAGUGGCAGCUAAAAUCUUUUCGAGUAAACAAAAGCCCUAACCAUAUUCCGAAAAAUCCUAUUCGAACUAACAUACCAAAAUCUACCAAACCUUCUGUCUUAGACGUGAGAAAGCAUUUCAGAGAUAAGAAGUGUGAUACAUCUGAUUCGAAGCUGGGCACGGUAGGUGAAGGUACUACUAUAACAGAGUCAUUGGCUCGUCCACAAAGCUUAUCUUCAAGCGAUCAGAUCCAAUUUAUUGAAAAUUAUCCAAAUGAGUCUGUAUCUGGUCAGUCUAAAGAAUGUCGUCCAACUUCCUUAUUCUUACCUAAAAGUCAAGAUGAUUCACUUAAAAGAGAAUCUCUAUCAAAAAUCGAUGUUUCAGAAAGCCAGCACGGGACUCCUAAAUGCUCUGACAAAUCUAAGCGUAGACCAUCUACAUGGUAUAGAGGUUACACUGAAGAUGAGAGUUCAGAAAUAAUUCAUGGUUCUUCCAGAAAAAGCCGGCACUUACAUCCAACCACUGAAGAGUCUGAGGCCCUGCAAUUGGUGCUGAGUAGUCAUGCAGAGCCACCAAAAUCAUCCGUUACUGAGAAAUUUGCUCAAUUUCUAUCUAUGGAUGAAGAUUUACAUGUUGAGCAUCGUUUUCAAUCUCCACGUAUGCAUAAAUUUACAUUGAAACAUUAUAGUGUUUUUAAAGCUGUUUGGGAUUGGAUUAUAUUAGCACUUAUUAUCUAUACAGCUAUUUUUACUCCAUAUGUAACUGUUUUUCUCAUGAAUACAGGAAAUAAAUAUGCAAAAUUAAUUUCAUCAGGAAACAUAACAACGACAACACCACCGACAGCGAUCACUUUUGAUAUAAAUCGUACACAGAAUGAAUCUUCAACAAAUAAUCAUUCUGAAUCAUCAGAUAUUCUUCAUACUACCCACCCAUCAAUCACUACCUCUUCAUCGUCACCAACAUUAUUAUCUACAGUGGACAUCUUAGUUGAUGUCAUGUUCAUCAUUGAUAUUUUAAUUAAUUUUCGUACAACUUAUGUGAAUAAAAAUGAUGAAGUUGUCUCACAUCCAAAACGUAUAGCUGCUCAUUAUAUUAAAGGCUGGUUUAUUAUUGAUCUGGUAGCGGCGAUCCCAUUCGAUUUGUUAUUUUUUCGUACAGCUGGAGAUCAACCUACUGCUCUAACAGGUUUAUUAAAAUCAGCUCGUCUUUUACGUUUAGUGGGUAUCGUACGUAAAUUGGAUCGAUAUUCGGAAUAUGGUGCUUCUAUUUUAGUACUAUUAACAGCAUUAUUCGCUUUAAUUGCCCAUUGGUUAGCGUGUAUUUGGUAUGCUAUUGGUAAUGCAGAACAUUUGUAUAGAGAUCCCAAAAUUGGUUGGUUAGAUACAUUGGCUAUACAUACUGAACAAUAUUACACUGAUCAACCGAAUUCCGGUCCUGAUUUAAAAACAAAAUAUAUCACUGCAUUAUACUUCACUUUUUCUAGUCUUACAUCAAUUGGUUUCGGUAAUGUCAGUCCUAACACAAAUGCUGAAAAAGUAUUCUCUAUUAUAGUAAUGUUAGUUGGUUCUUUAAUGUAUGCAAGUAUAUUUGGUAAUGUUGGUGCAUUAAUUCAACGUCUUUAUAGCGGCACAGCCAGAUAUCAUGCACAAAUGUUACGUAUUAAAGAAUUUAUACGUUUUCAUCAAAUUCCAAGUCCAUUACGUCAACGGUUAGAAGAAUAUUCUACACAAGUAUGGGAGCAUACAAAUGGGAUAGAUAUGACAAUGGUUCAGUAUAGUUUUCCGGAAUCAUUACAAUCUGAUAUUUGCCUUUAUGUAUAUCGUCAUUUUUUAAGCGGAUCAGCUGCAUUUAAAUCAUUAAAUGAUGGUUGCCUUCGAAAUAUCUCUUUAAGAAUUCGUUCUUCUCAUAUGCCACCAAGUGAUACUUUAGUACAUACUGGUGAUUUACUCACAGCUAUGUAUUAUGUUGUUAAAGGCAGUUUAGAAGUUGUAACAACAGAUGAUAUUAUUUUAGGUGUAUUAAAUCCUGGUGAUUUUUUUGGUGGUCUACCUCCAUUAGCUAGUGUACAAAAAAAUCCUUAUACUGUACAAAUGAAUUCUGGAUGGGAUUAUUGGUCAGAGAAUCAUUUGAAUCCUAUGAAUACAAAUGCAAAAUAUAUGCAAAUGGAUGAUUAUUCAUCUAUGCCUAAUACUACUGGUACUACUACUAAUUAUAAUAAUACUAAUAAUCAUAAUCAUAAUUCAAACAGUGUAAUUUAUCAACCAAAUCCACCUCCAAAAUCACGUUUUGCUGUUCGUGCAUUAACUUAUGCUGAUGUACAAUUUAUUGAUCGGCAUGAUUUAGCUGAAUUAUGUUCUAUUUAUCCAGAAUUAUCAUUAAGAUUAUUAGAACGUUUUGAAUUAACAUUACCGCUAACUAUUUCAUCUGAUACAAAACUUACCAAUACUACUAAUACGGAUCGUUGUUCUACCAUACCUAAUGUUGAAUCUUUCUUAGAUGCAACAUCAUCAUGGCAUAUUGUUUGUUCACUUUUAACUGGUUCAUUAACAUCACCUGGAUUAUCGAAACGUCCAAGUGAUUAUUCAAAAUUUUGUAUGUUAAAUGAAACGUCAUAUCAAAAUAGAUGUUUUGAUAAUCCAUUUAUUGGGAAACCAUCAUGGGAAUUAGAACGUUAUCAACGUUUAUUUGAUCACGGUGCAUUGUCAUUUCAUUUAACUAGUUAUUCAAAUGCUCAAAUUCCUGUAUGUUUUAUUGAUACAUUAUAUAAUAAUAAUGAUAGUAAUAAUAAUAAUACUUCAGGUGUUACUGCACCGUCCACACAUAAACAUAAUCCAGUUACACGUAAAUCAGAAUCAUUUACUAUGUGUUCAACGCAUUCAUCUGAACAAAAUCAUUCAUUGCCUAUUACACCUGUGACAAAUACUCAAACAUUACAUGAACGUCGAAUGCGUAUGCGAUUAGCGCGUAAUCUUCCAACCAGACAACAUCAACAAGUACCACCUCCGACAAUACCAUCAGUCCUAGUGCCUCCUACUUCUUCUUCUAGUUCUUCUGUGUCAAACCUUCCAGUAAAAUCAUCUGAUAAAAAUCAUAUGAUUCAUUCAUCUGUGAUAUAUCAACCGACAACUUUACGUGAUUUGAAUAAUCUAAACGAAGAGAAAGAAAUUAUUGAUUUGCUUGUGAAGCGUUUUGCUAGUGUAGAAAAACAAAUUGAGAAUCUUGACGUUCGUAUUUCUCAAUCGGUUACUACUAUUUUACAACAAUUAGAAAUGAAAAUAACAAAGCAUCGAUCAAUUCCAAUGUGAUAGAUUCAAUGAAUAGUUUGAUUAUUUUAUUUUCCAUUGUUUUAAACAUGUUUGCUCAAGUAUUUAGUUCUUCUUCUUCUUCUUCUUCGUUUAGUAUUAGUAUCAGUAUUAUUGUUAGUAAUAAUAAUAAUAAUAAUGGUCAGUGUUAUUAUUUCUAGUAUUCAUUUUGAAGCAUGGUAGAGUGUUUCUAUCCUCUAUAUAUCUAAUAACCUAUACAAAGAAAAACACUCCUUUCUGAACUUUUAAUUAUGUAUAUGUAAUGAUCUUCUUGUAAUAUAAAUUAAUUUCUACUUAGAUAGAGAAACAAGAUUGUUUCUAGAAUUUUAUGAGUUUUGAUUUGAAUUGUCAUUAUUGAUUUAUUCAUGUAGUUUUUUUUUGUUUUGUUUAUUAUACUACUAAUCACAAAGUAUACCAGUAGAGUAUGUGCAUUUCUAUCGAAUGUAUAUACUUAACACAUUCGUAUAAAAAAAGAAAACAUUUAAUGAUCAAAUAACCAUGGUAACAAUACUAUCCCAUGAGUCAUUUUUCAGAUGUUGUUCCCUUUUUUUUGUGUGUGUGUGUAGAUUACUUUUGCCAAUGAAUCCUUAGUGGUGGUGGUAGUGUGUUCUCGUUUAUUUUUCUUGUAGACAAAUAAAAGUGAAAUAAUCAAUGAUUGUUUACUUUUCUUGUUUUUGUUUAUUAUUGAUUGAAUUCAUUAUUUGUAAAAUUAUUCAUUAUUUCUAUUAUAUUCAUCUUUUCAAUUCAUCAAUUUGAUCUAAUCAAAACGAUGUAUUCAAUAUUGAAUAGAAAAAAAUGGACGAGAUUUAUGUAUAAACAUUGAACAUAGAAACUAUUAGUGCAAUAGAAACAGAAUAUAUUUUCUUUAAAUAGUAGAAAAAAAUUUCUUUAAUAUAUUUAUCUUUCAUAGAAAAUUUAUUUUUUAUUUCCCUCCCCCCUCCCUCUUCUGUUUUAACGAUAUACUUAGUGAAUAAUUUGUAAAACAUUAUCGAUUUUUUGUUGUUGUUCAUUUGUGCAAUUAUUGUGUGUGUGUUUUUUUUGGCGCAUUUUAUUUAAACAAAUAACGAACCAAGAAAAGGCAUUUAUUAUCUACCAUGUAAUGGGAGGUACUCAUCUAUCAACCACUGGUAACUCUAUCUAAUAUACAGAGAUUAUUCUGUUCAAUAUUAUUUUAUCUAGUUUUAUUUUCUCUUCUAUUUUCGUUGUGAUUUAUUUCCACCGCCGACCCUCCAGAAAAUGGUUUUCUUUUAUGUGUGCAAUAAUAAUUCCUUUUUUUUGUGUGUGUGUGUUUUAAGGGAGUUGUUCAUUCAUUGUUACGUUGUAGAAAAUUGUAUAGUUGACAUAUUAGAUUAUUCAUAUAAUAACAAUAAUAAUCUUCUUAGAUAAAACAUUAAUUCAUAUAGAAACGUGUAUACAAUCGGAUUCUUCAAUCAUAUAUAUUCAACAAAUGAUGAUAACAAUAAUAAAGGACCAAUCCAUUUUCUAGUCGACCUUCUUUUAAACUAUCUUGAUUUGAAAGAACUAUAUUCAACAGUGUUAUAUCCUUUAUUUUGUUUGGUUACAUUAUUUUACAAAAAAGUAUUUGUGUAUUGACAGAAAUAAAUAAAUAGUUGUAUCAUGUCAAAUAUACCAAAUAUAUAUAUAUAUACUACUCAAUAAAUAUGUUAUAAGUUCUCAUUGAAUGCGUUUAUACAAAAUGUAAAAUAUUGUGUAUGUGGAUUCAAAAAGUUGAUCUGUGCUCAUAUUUUUGUGUAUGUAUUGUUUAUUUAAACUAUAUUGUUUUUACUAAGAAAGAUAGAUGAUGGCUAGCAGAAGAAUCCAGGAAGCACGUUUCGUCCUAUUUAGGAUUCGUCAGUUGAAUGUGCAUGUAUCCCAAAUUUGAUGUUCAUUUCGGGACUUGAAUCUAGUAGUGGGAAGAUUACGAAAAAUAGUACAAAAUGUAUAUUGUUUUUGUAAAGAAACUACGUUUUUACAUUCAGUAGAUAUUUGUCAGUUGUAUCAUAUAUAUAUUUUUUAAUUGUUUAUUAUAUUUUCAUUGAAGUUGAAUAGUGGCUGAUAAUGAACUUUAAGAAUCAUGAUGUUUCAUUCUCAAUGUAUGUAGUCUCAUUUGAUUUUCCUUCUUGUUAGCAAGGUUGUUAUUUUUACGGGAUGAGGUUGCUAACCCGAUGCCCAAACUUUCUCCUUUACUCGGUCUUAAAACUUACAGGAACCGUAAUAGGGCUUUAGGUAAAGUUGACGCUUAUACUUAGAUGUAGGUAUAUUCGGCUGACAUGAGUCUCGACGAGCAUAAAACAUGCGUUCUGGUUUCUAAUUCUAGCCACUAUCCAACUUUAUUAGAAUACUUGUGACUUAAUGAGAAAAGUCAGGCGAUUUGCUCAGGAUGCAGAUAUAAUCAAAAGAGAGUGUUAUUUUCAAACCUCAACGUUAACAAUUGAAAAAGUGUAAAUUUCUAUUUAUAAUGUCUGUUGUACUGUUCAUCAUAACAUUAAAUUUCCUUUAAUGAUAUACGACUUACAAAGAAGAUAUUGUUAGAGUGCUUGUAACUGAGGACAAUGUCACAUGUUAUUUAUAUUCAAUCAAUUGAUCUUAGUUGCAUGUUAGUAUAAGUUGAAAUAGCAUUCAAACUGAAUGGAUUUAACAGCUGUUUGUGCACCGUACAUUGAAUUGAGUUCGCAAUCCUCGGGUCUUAUAGUGAUCAUGUUAAAUUAAUACAACUCAUUGAAAUUCUUGAAUCCCGCAUUUUUUGACUUCAGUUAUUCAACUCAAUGAUUAUCCAUGGUAAUAUUCGUUUCACUCCUAACAUGGGUAAAGUACACCACCAUAUUGAUGUUUAAAACAAAAGGCAUUAAGUCCUAGUAUCAGUGUGUCUAAAUUGAUAUUUGAAAGUAUGAAUAUGCAAGUUGAUUUCUGAAAUAAAGCCAUGAUUGUGUAUACUUUUCAAUUACGAUUUCUCAAAUGAUUACGUUACUACUACUGAAACCAGUUAAGUAAUCGGCGAAAAUAUUAACUUAUUAUCACUUGAUCUGUUUUGAAGAUUGACCUAAAUCAAAACAUGAGCUUUGGUGAUAUAACUCAGUUGAUCUGUACAUAUAUCUUUUGCUCUACGGGACUUUUCAGUAACAGGUUUGAUCUCAUGCAUAGGAACUGAAACGUAAAGUUUGUCUAGGUAUUCUUGGUUUAACAUUGUUGAUACCAGUUCUCCAUUAAACCAUUUAUUUAUGAUUAAUGUUAUGACAGUAGUGAGAAUGAAAUACAUUCCUCUUAAUAAAUUAUAUUAAUGAGAUUGAUUUACUGUAAAAUUUUACCCUUAAAAUCAUUUAACCAAUAUUGUUAUUUUCUUCUUGAUUCAUUGCCCUACUAAAUAACUUCAAGCCAUUAUUAUGACUCCAAAACCA